AUGUUCAAAAUUGAAUCUUAUGUUACUCCAAUAUUGCUGAGCUAUGUUGAUAAAUAUGUACGAGACUUUAAACCUGCAGAUGCACAAGUCUCACUAUGGGGAGGUGGAGUAGCCCUUCACAACCUAGUCCUCAAGGCAGAUGUUUUGCAGCAAGAACUUGCUCUGCCUUUCACUCUUGUGUCAGGCCGCAUUCAUGAGUUGCUUAUUCAGGUGCCAUGGACCAAAAUUAUGUCAGAGCCUAUUAUUGUCACCAUAGACACAAUAGAAUGUAUCCUAAGUCUCCAUCCACCACCUGAAGAAAGUCCACCACCUGAAUCACCCAGGACUCAAGUGGUGGAGGCGCCGCCGGGAUAUAUGCGCGCAUUGGUUCGGAGAGUGGUGAGCAACAUUGCUCUGCGCGUACACCAUCUCAUCGUGAAGUAUGUUCAAGAUGAUAUUGUGUUGUCAUUGAAUGUCAAGCACUUGGCAGUCGAUAGCGCUGGCCCGGACUGGCAACCUGCCUUUGCUGACAUCGAACAAAGCGAGCCGGCACUGCGGCGGCUCGUGCGGCUGGACGACCUCACUCUGUGCCUGGACCGCGCCGAUGCCGACGGCAAGAUUCGCUUCUACCAGGAACCACUUCUCUACCGCUGCCAACUCGACUUCAGGGUGGUGACGCGGCUGGUGUCCGCGACGCAGAGGCGCGCUCGUUGUGUAUCGGUGCGUGCCCGCGCCGCUCGGCUCGCGUGGGGUGUGAGCAGCGAGCAGCUGGGGUUGCUGCUGCGUCUGCUGCAAGAGCAUCCCCCAACACCAUCCCACCCGCACCACUCGCACGCAAACGCGCACGCACCGACUUACACGCCGACAGUGGGUGUGUCGUCGGGCUCGCUGGACUCCUCGCAGGUGGAGAGCUGGUCCUCGUGGGCGUGGUCUUGGCUGCCGGCCUGGGAACGCGCUGGACCUGAAGACACGCCCGCAAUACCCGCGCCUACGCCGAUCGCUUUCAAUGCAUACUUUGAUGAAGUCUCCUUCAUGUUUAAGGUGAUGGAGACGGAGGGUGGGGGGAGACGGCGCGGACGCGGAGUGCUGGAGCUAUCGCUGUGGCGCGCGGCGCUGCAUAGCUCCGCGUGUUCGCCCGUCGCACUGCGCCUGCGUGCCGGAGUGCGCCGCGUCACGCUGCGCCCGCACUCGCACUGCGUCUGCGGACACCGACACCCGCCCGGCUACGGUGAAGCAACAACAUACCUAAGCAACUGUGAAGACGACACGGAUGAAUCCUGGGAGUGGCCUGAAGAAGACCUCAACAAUCAAGAGAUCGAGACCGCGGUAGCAGCUGACGAACAACUUCGUGAAUCGCCUGAAGUUACUGAACCAAUGCACCCGAAUGUCGACGACACGGACCAGCAGCCAGAACCUCGCGAUUAUGGUCGCGAACAUAACGACGAAAAUGACAAGUUGUGGACUAAGAUGGAGCCAGUCGUAUUCCUAGACUUCAGCCACGAGAGGGCGCCACCAGACACUUUCAUUAAUCCCUAUGACAACCCGCCGCUCGACUUUGAAUACAGCGAGUGGUCGGAGGAGCGGACAGUGCACGUGCGCGUGCGUCCGCUGCGAGUGCGCCUGUGCGGCGCGCUGCUGCACCGCCUGGACGCCGUGCGCCGCGCCGCCACCAUUACAUCGCCUCACCACUACCACAACCCCGAGAUGCCGACGCGCACACUGACAGUGGAAGAGUGCGAGGCGCUUUCCGAGAACCUGCCACAGAAGCGGUACAGCGUGGAAAUACAUGGGCUGCACGUGCUCCUGCUGCCCUGGGAUCACGACGAGGCCGCCCCGCCCAUUCCACUACUACUCGACCUCGACCUGCCACAUAUAGACGCCACCUACGUUGGCCCAUUAUACCCUUACAGGGUGUGCUCUGCGGCGUGCCAGCUGCCGGAGGACGAGGGCGCGGGGGGGGCGGGCGCGCGCGCGCAUGUUACUGCGCGGGUGCGUGGCGCUGCGGUGGGCGUGCGCGCGGCUGAGCGCGGUGCUCAGCGGCCCGUCGCGCGCGCUCACUUGCGUGUCGCCGCGCGCACGCUGCUGCACCCGCACCUCUUCCCCGCGAACACUGUGCGACACAACUACACCUUUAGCCUCGGCGAGGCGAGUGUGUGCGGUUCGAUCGCGCGGCUGCGAGCGGCCGUCGAGCUGCUCGCCGCGCGCCGCUCGCCUUUACUCGCGUACUCCACGCUCGCUACUGACGCGCUCAACGACCAAGAGUCAGUGGCAGUGGACGUGACGCUGGAGGAGCUCACAAUCCGCGGCUACCUCACUAAGAAUGUGAACACGCACAUCGCGUCGCUGCACGCCGUCAGAGCCAUGGCGCUGCGUGCACGUAAGGGUAGUGAACUUAAGCAAGCGUGGCUGUUCUCUGGACCUGAGGCGCCAACAACUUCUCCAUACUUGCGCGCGGCGGUGCAAUGGUGCUCGAAGGCAGAUGCGGGCGCGGUUGCGAAUGCGGAAGCGGGUUCGUCAGCGGAAUCCGAAGUGGUGGCGGAAUACGUGGGCGCGUGGCUCGAGCCCACCGCGCUGUGUCUCGAUCCGCUGCUGUUGGCCGCCCUCGCCUACACGCCGAGACACCUGCCCGCCAACGUGGAUACUGAGCAAACUGUUAGCAACAAAACAAUGACUUCAUCGCAGUAUUUCAUGCUGCGCCGCACUACGCCACCGUCGUCCAGCGGACGCGGCGCGAGUCGUGCGGGGUCCGGAGCGGAGGUGCACGCGCGGCCGCGCAGCGCCGCCUCCUCCAGCGAGCCCAGCGACCGCCGCCGCCGCAGCGACGCGCCCGCGCCCCGCCCCACCACUAGUAACGAGAUCAAUCAGCAUAAUUAUAAACUUAACUAG